CUUAUUUUUUCGUUUAUUUAUUUUCCUCGUCAUGCCUAUGGAGGAUUACAAAGACAUCGUUGGCACUUGUGCCUUCGUGACAACAAUGGCCCACAUGCUGUCUCCAUCGUUGAUGUGCAAAGACAUUUGCAAAAAAGGAACGGCGAAAGGAGUCGAUCCGAUGCCUUUUAUCGGUGGCUUGUCCAUGGGCGUUAUCAUGUUGCAGUAUGGAUAUCUGGUCCAAGAUUCGACAAUGAUUAACAUUAAUUUGUUUGGUUUUUUCGUAAAUUUUGUUUACACGUUGAUAUAUUACUUUUACUCGCCUGACAAGAUAAGCUGUCUGAUAACUCUGAGCAAAGCAGUGGCUUUUGUUGCUGUAGUAUUAGGAUAUACGAAAAUUGAAAGCCAAGAACACAUUGAAUACAGAUUUGGAAUCGUAACGACAGUAUUAUUUUUACUUUUAAUUGCAUCACCGCUCUUUAAUUUGGGCGAAAUCAUUAGAACCAAAAGUACCGCAAUGCUUCCAUUCCCGCUUAUUUUUAUGGGAACAAUUGUUUCAUUCCAAUGGCUCUUGUAUGGGCUCAUAAUAAACAACGCUUUUAUUAUUUUCCAGAACGCAGUUGGUUUUGUCUUAUCUUUUACUCAAUUAUCUUUAUUUGCAAUAUAUCCUUCUACUCCGGUAGAAGAAAAGGCUGACAAGAAAGAAAAUUAAUUUUUAACUCCGUUAAAUUUAUCAAUGGCUAGUGAAUAUUUACAAUCACUUGAAAUCAAUUGUGCAAAUCCAAUACCUAUAUAUUUUUGUAACGUAUUUUAAUGAAGAAAAAUUUUAAAUCGUCAUUCGUGCAUACAUAUAUUUUUAUCA